CCGACUGCGACUAAACCCUCAAAACCCCACAAAACCUCGCAGUGAAGCUUCUCGUUCAAUUCUAUCACGGCAACCAUGAACGGCGGCGGCGGUGGCGGAGGUAUAGGCGGUUCUCCGUUCAAUCCGGCGAACUCCACUCCUAACUUCGAUAACCUUCUUCUGCAGUCUCUGAUGUCGCGCCUCCAACUCCAACCGCCAAACCGCCGCGUUCCGCCGGAGUUCUCCGACGCGAAGUCGCUCGAAGACCUCUUCUCCGAUUUGCUCCUGAAUCUCUCCGAAUCUGAAUCAGAUUCCGAUUCGGAGAACGAGAAUUCGUCGUCUUCCAAAAAUCGGCUUGCUAAGGAAGAAUCCAGAGUCGAGAAGGAGAUCGUGCGCGCCGUCCUAGGCGGAGAGAUCGAGAAGCUGAAACCUAAUUCCGGCCAGACUAUCUCGAUCGGCGAGCACCACAUCUGCGUAGGUUUUCAGGAGGAAACAGGUUCGGAUUACCGAGUUUGGGAAUGGCACGGUCAUAUAAUGCUGUUCGACGAGGAGAACGGCUUUGCGCCGGAGUAUAUCUACGGGAACUACUUCGAGAGGAUUGGCGCGGCGAGGAGAGCGUCGAAGGCGCCGGCGACGGCAACGAACAGCGACGACAAAGAGACGAGCGGCGGUAAUCUAGGGUUGAAAGAUCUGGUUGAUGCUGCGGAUUCAGGGAGUGAUCGGAUUCUCCAUCGGAGCUUGAAUGCGAACUCUGCUCGAUCCAAGUUCAUGUGACAUGAUUGAUGAAUUUCUCCUCGGUGCUUCGAUUUCAUCAACAGGUAAUGAAUGAAGGAUCAGUUUGCACCACGAAGAUGGAAAAGCACACACACAUUUCAUUUUUUCCAGAUUUCCGGAGCUCGUCGAGCCAUCGGAACAGUCUUGUUUUUCGAUUUCUACAGUAUACAAAAUCAGCUGAAUGCCUAUGUUUCUACUAUGGGAUUUGUUGUUACUUAUUUAUGAUUUGUAGUAAUGAAUAAAGUGUUGCCAACUUUGCAUCAGUA